CUACAACUACUGCGCGGAACUGGAGGACCGCCACCGACAAUUGAGGCCUUCAAUCGGAAGCUAACCGAAACCGACUCGUACCUGCAGAUACUGAUCAAUCAGUUUGCCGGCCUGAAGCUAGAAGAGCGCAUUCAGAACUGCGGCUCUUCAGAGGCGGAACGGGAGCAGCUGCGAAGUCUGAAGGAGCUGUCGGUGUACCUGCUCGACUCGAUCAAGCACACCAUUGUUCUGCUGCAGAUUGCCAAGAAUGUCAAAUACCCGGUGAACGGCGUCCCGCUGCAGGAUAUCAGCACUGGCAACAGCAGCGACAGCAGCACCAUCUCCGCCACAAACGCCGACAGUCUAGGUCCAGCUGGCAAUAACAAAACGAACGACAACAGCAAAUACCCGGUGACACCUAACCGCAAUGAGCACCGAAAUCAGCUGCUGUCCGCCUCCUCACUACCACCCUUAGCCUUAGCCAGCAGUCUCAGCGAGGAGAUGAAAGAAGCGCCCUUACACCUUGCCCAGCUCAACUCGGUGUCACCCACCAGUCUCAAAGAGACUGCCGCCUGCCUUAUCAAGUCCAGCGAAGUGCCUGACGUGUCCUACGCCAGCAGCGACGACGAGGACUGCUUCUACGAUGCACGUGAGGAUAGCUUAGCGGAGAGCAGCAGCAGCAACGUCUUAUCGCCCGUUAAAGAGAUGAAGAACAUUAUUAGUUUUAAAAGUAGUGCCGGUGAUAGUGCCGUUUCAACCGGUGAAAAUUUGGAAGGUGACGUCCAGGAGGGCCAGCUGACUGACUACGACCACCUCUACGACACCGACUCUGACGACGAGCUGGACUCGAUGGAGUCGCACGGCAGCGUCAUCUCCCACCUCAUCUCUCAGGUAAAGAUCGGCAUGGACCUCACCAAGGUCGCCCUGCCCACCUUCAUCCUCGAGAGGCGGUCACUGCUGGAGAUGUACGCCGACUUCUUCGCCCACCCGGACAUCUUCGUCAGCAUCACCGACCAGGAGACGCCACAGGAGCGGAUGGUGCAGAUGGUCCGCUGGUACCUGUCCGCCUUUCACGCCGGCCGCAAGGGCUCGGUGGCGAAGAAGCCCUACAAUCCGGUGCUCGGCGAGGUCUUCAAGUGCCACUGGAACCUGGACACUAGCAGUAGUGCAGAGUCGGCGGAGGCCAACCAGUGCAGCGAUGGGCCCGUCUCCUGGGCAAAGAGGGGCGACCUGACGUUCAUUGCCGAACAGGUCUCCCAUCACCCGCCCAUUUCGGCAUUCUACGCGGAAAGUAUAGACAAGCGAAUCAUGUGCUGCGCCCACAUUUGGACAAAGAGCAAGUUCCUCGGCCUGAGCAUCGGCGUGAACAACCUCGGUCAAGGGUCGGUGUACCUGGUGGACCACGCGGAGGAGUACACCUGCACCUUUCCCAGCGCCUACGGCCGCUCCAUUCUCACUGAGCCGUGGUUCGAAAUGGGCGGUCCGGUGGAGAUCAACUGCGUCCAAACGGGCUACUACGCAAAGGUGGAAUUUCUCACCAAGCCCUUCUACGGCGGCAAGAGGCACCGCAUCAACGCCGAGGUUUUUGGCCCGCCGCCCACGAAGAAGCUGAUUGUGAGCAUCACCGGCGAGUGGAACGGCGUCAUGACCGCCAAGUGGGCGGCCACCGGCAAGAGUGAGAUCUUCGUCGACACGAAGACGCUGCCGGUGAUGAAGAAGCAGGUGACGCCCAUCAGUGAACAGGAGGAGUUUGAGUCUCGGAACAUGUGGAAGGUGGUGACGGCGGCGCUCAAACGGCAGGACGUCACCGAGGCGACCGCCGCCAAGUACGCCAUUGAGCAGCGCCAGCGAGAGCUGGCCAAGGAGCGCGAGGAGAAGUCGCUCAAGUGGCAAAACAGGGCGUUUCACAGCUUAACCCCCGAGAAGUGGCUCUACAAUAAUCCACUGACGAAUCGUCUCAAGUGA